UGUUGGACAAGCUCAAAGCGGGGCCCUCAACGCCUACUCCCGCGUUCUCACUUACUUACUUACUUACACUCGCACCCCCUCCCCUCCCUUCCCCCCACGCAAACCCUUGACAGGGGAAGUGCGAAGCGAAGCUGGGCUCUCACUUGCUUGGGCUUUCCCCCUCUCCUCUCCUCCCUUCGGUCUGGUUGUUCGUUGCUGAGUGCUGCUGCUCUGCACGCACCGAGCGCGCUGCGAAUUGGAUGUGACCUUAGCGUUUGCGUCGUCGUCGUCGUUGUGGCAUCCAAUUUACCUCUUGCCCGCCGGAGCGUGUGAGCACAAUAUUUUGCUUCGGUCGUGUUGUGCGAUCAAGCAUGUUUUUACUCCUUGGUCUGGGGGUUGGAGAAUGCGGAGCGAGUGGUGUCGGAGUGUAAUUUGGGAAUUUGUUGUUAGAGGAUAUGUUGUGUUGUUUCGAAGAGUCGACGAUUGGCGGAGUUGAGUUUUCUUAGGUUUGAAGGCGGACCUUCAAGGGGUAGACAGCUGAGUUUCGAGGGAGUUGUGAGAGAGUUUCGAGUUUCCCUGUUUUUUUUGUUUUUGUAUGUUUUUGUUCGUUUUUGUUUUUGCAGAGCGGGUUGGUUGAGGCGUGGUGGCGAGAUGGAAGGGGCGUCCGUGUCAACUAACCCUCGGUCCGUGGACGAGGUCUUUAAGGAUUUCAGAGGGCGUCGAGCUGGGAUGCUCAAGGCUCUUACUUCUGAGGUAGAGGAAUUUUAUCGCCAAUGCGAUCCAGAAAAGGAGAAUUUGUGUUUGUAUGGAUAUCCGGAGGAGACGUGGGAAGUGAACCUUCCAGCCGAAGAGGUACCGCCCGAGCUACCCGAGCCUGCGCUGGGAAUCAACUUCGCACGAGACGGAAUGCAACGCAAGGACUGGCUUUCAUUGGUUGCUGUUCACAGUGACGCAUGGCUGCUUGCCGUUGCGUUUUAUUACGGUGCUCGAUUUGACAAGAAUGAAAGAAAGCGGCUAUUUAAUUCUAUCAAUGAGCUGCCUACAGUAUUUGAUGUAGUGACCGGUAAGAAACCUGUGAAGGAAAAAGCCAGCGUUGUCGUCAACCACAACAACAACAAUAACAACAAUAAUAACAGUGGCCGAAAUAAGACAAAGUCGGCGGCUAAGGUGCAACGUACUGCCGAACCUGUUAAGGCAAAGCCGGCACCACCUCCUCCGAAGGAAGAUGACGAUCUUGAGGAUGAGGACGAGGAGGAGCACGGAGACACAUUUUGUGGUACCUGUGGUGGAAGUUAUACAGCUGAUGAAUUUUGGAUAGGGUGUGACAUCUGUGAAAAAUGGUAUCACGGUAAAUGUGUGAAGAUCACACCUGCAAGAGCGGAGCACAUCAAGCAAUACAAGUGCCCAGCGUGCAGCAACAAAAGGGCGCCUUCAUUCCCGUGACAGCUGCUAUGGUGGCGGUCGUCAAUGGCUGCAUCCGUGCCUUCACCCUAGCUGCUUUGUGGUUUCACUGAGCUCCAGUUUGCCCGAGGUGGUGUAGUCGAGAAACCUGAGUAUUCGAGAAAGAAAUGGUUGCAAGCAGGAGUUCAUGCUUACAGAGUUUUGUACAGUUCAGGAAGCUCUUAGGCAGCUUCAUAGUUCCUCUUCACAUAUUUAUUCGUAUUCAUGUGUGAAGUGUAGGAAUGUUCACUAAUUCUAGGAAUACAUGAUUUAAGAUGGAUGGCAAGCUUUGUUGCACAUCUGUUCAGAUGUCU